UACAUAAAUAAUUAAACCGGCAAGAAAAUUUCAAAACUCAAAUGAUACUUCACGUUCCUUAAUCAACAGGAAUUCCAUAUAACAUUUUCUUUGUAUUUUCCAUUUCGAAAAUGCGAAAGGUUCAAGGAAGUAUGGAUAUCCCUUCUCUAUAUAUAAAGAAAUAGCCAGUUCUCAAUUUCAGGCUCUUUUCUUUUGGCUUAAACUUGACUCCUUUCCUUAGUUUUUCAUUAAUUGAUCCCCAAACCAAAGCUUACGAAAAUAUAGUACUAUAUGUAACCAGCUUCCAAAUCUCUUUCCAUUGAUAACUUUUUAAGGUUGAGAUGGCGCCCAGAUCCAUAGAAGAAGACUCAUACAAGAAGCAGCAAAAAAACAGGAAAAACAAUGUUCCCUUGUGCAGGAUUGUCUUGGCUUUGCCAACAACAGAUGAUCCAGCCGCCUUGCGUUGUUUACCACGAGAAUGUGGGAUCUAAUCGGGGCAGCCCCGACGUUAAUGGUGAAUCUAAUCGGGGGGAGGGACAAGCGGAAGAGAUCUUGGUGGACAAGCAUAUCAUCUUAGUAGAGGAUGCUGUUGGGGAAAUUGUGGCUGUUUGUUCGGACAAUUCUGAGAGUUUCGAGCGAAAUAAUAACCAGUUAAGAGUUCCGAAGAUUGAAGAGAGGGAUAAGCAAAUAAUUGGCUAUCACUGAGAGAACCGCCAUGGAGAUCAAUGGAUGAUAUGAGCAAUGAAGACUUCAGGUAUGCAGUAGAGGCUUUCAUUGCUGAAAGGAACAAAAUUUCAUGACGAGGAAGGCAUACGUUUUCUGAUCAGCACUUCCAAUUAGUUGGUCCAAUCUGUCCAUUCCAUCACUUGAUGAGAUGAAUCGAGGGAUCAGUACUUGAUGAAAAUAAUGUACAGGAAUAAAACCACAAGUCUUAGAUCAAUACAUGUAAUUUGUGAUUUUGGUAGAAAUUUACAUACACUUCCAUUUUGGGACGUAAUGAUUUCUCUUAAUUUGUUAACAUAUAAUAGGCUGGUUUUGUUUAUAAGUUCUUUCAACUAGUAUCUUCUAUAUAUAGAACAAUCAGCCAUGGCAGCUUAUGUAUUACUAAUCACACCAGUUUUA